AUGACUUCUGCAGAUUACAGGAUUCAGCUUUACGGUAAUGAGAGUGAGAGCCGUACUAUCCGCCCAACUACCGCGAUGCUUUCUGCUGUUCUUAUUCUGGUCAUUCUGUUAGAUGUGGUGGGAAAUGCGUUAGUCAUGCUCUCUGUCUUCAGAAACAGCAAACUCAGAAACACAGGUAACAUCUUUGUUGUUAAUUUGUCAGUGGCUGACUUACUCAUUGCAGUGUACCAUUAUCCCCUAACCUUACGUGCCAUGUUUUAUGAUGGGUGGACAGUUGGAUUUCAUCACUGCUGGGCAAGUGGAUUUGUAAUGGCUUUGAGUGUUGUGGGCUCAGUCUUCAGCAUUACUGGAAUUGCCAUCAAUCGCUACUGCUAUAUCUGCCAUAGCAGGAUAUACGACAAAUUAUUUAACAUGAAAAUCUCAUGCUUCUGGAUUGGACUGAUAUGGAUUUUUACCUUUCUAGCUAUUAUGCCACAUUUAUUUUUUGAUUCACUCCAGUAUGAUCCACGAAUAUAUUCCUGCACUUUAGCACAGACUGUGAGUUCUGAAUUUACCAUCGCAACCGUGACAGUUCAUUUCAUAUUUCCAAUAAUUAUUGUUAUAUUCUGCUACUUAAGGAUUUGGUCACUAGUACUUGCUGUUAAAUAUCGUGUUAGACAAGACAGUAAGCAGAAAUUAAAAUCCCAUGAGUUAAAACACUUCUUUUCAAUGUUUAUGGUUUUUGUAAUUUUUGCAGUUUGCUGGGGCCCUUUGAAUUUCAUAGCUUUAGCAGUAGCAAUCAGUCCAAGCACAGUUGGACCAAAAAUACCAAUUUGGUUAUUUUGUGUGACCUACUACAUGGCGUAUUUUAAUAGCUGCCUUAAUGGUGUUCUAUAUGGACUACUGAACCAAAAUUUUCGAAAGGAGUAUACAAAAAUAAUUAUGUCCCUCUGUACUGUCAUUUGUGAUAAUGUCAAAAAAUGA